GACUACGUUUUGCAGACAUCACAGACCAUAUAGAUGGGUAUAAACGUGAAUCCAACAAGAAGACAUUCAUUGUUACUCUCCUUGAAUCUAGGGUUCCUCUUUCUUCUUCUUCCCUUGAUUCCAGUUUCUUUCUUUCUCUCUGUUUCAUCGGUUCCCCCUUGAGUUUCGUUUGGAAUCGUUCAAGCUGAAUCGGUGAUUUCUCCUUCCUGGUGUGGUUUGGUGGAAAAGUCAUCUUUCGAAAAAUGACUAAUUCCACAGAUUUCAUGGUGGAAAACAACGCAGUCUUCACCCCGGAGGAAGAGAGACGCAUCGUCUCGGAGCUGACCACGGAAUCCGAGGAUAAUCUCAAGGAAGCAAACUUGUAUUUCGUCAUCUCCAAAAGGUGGUACACAAGCUGGCAGAGGUAUGUUGAACAACCAACAAACGAGUCUUCUGAAGCUCCAAGGCCUGGACCUAUUGAAAACAAUGAUAUUCUCGAAAGCGCCAAGGCAGAUGACACUAGUAGUGAUCCACAGCUUCGUAGAUUGCUGGUUGAAGGGGAAGACUACGUUCUUGUUCCUCAACAAGUUUGGGAAAGACUUGUUCAAUGGUAUAGCGGAGGUCCUCCAAUACCAAGGAAGUUGAUCUGUCAAGGGUUUUACAGUAGGAGUUUUAGUGUUGAGGUGUACCCACUCUGUCUUAUGUUGACCGAUGCAAGAGAUAAAAGUACAACCACAAUACGGUUGGGAAAACAGGCCUCUAUAAGGGAGCUUUAUGAGAAGGUUUGUGCUAUGAAAGGGGUCUCCCAAGAAAAGGCUCACAUCUGGGAUUACUUCGGUAAGAGGAAAGGCAAACUCUUGGAUCCUUCAUCUAACAAGAGCCUGGAAGAGUCAAGCCUUAACAUGGACCAAGAUAUUCUUCUUGAAGUUGAUGGGUCCUCGUCUUCUCAGUAUGCUCUGGAGCCUUCAAGAUCGCUUGUUACGAUUGCUGGAGGCCCAACCCUUUCUAAUGGUCAUUCCACCACCUCCAAGCUUACUCUCUUUCCAAAAAUCUCUUCUGAAGAUGAUUCUCCAAGUAUUCUGGGGAAAGGAGAGAGGGGAGGAUUAGCAGGAUUGAGUAAUUUGGGAAACACCUGCUUUAUGAACAGCGCUCUUCAGUGUUUGGCACACACACCUCCCAUUGUUGAAUACUUCUUGCAAGAUUAUAGUGGCGACUUAAAUAAAGACAAUCCUUUGGGAAUGCGCGGGGAGCUUGCUAUCGAGUUUGGUGAACUGUUGAAGAAGUUAUGGUCAUCAGGAAGGAAUGCAGUUGCACCCCGCUCUUUUAAGACAAAACUGGCUAGAUUUGCUCCACAGUUUAGUGGCUACAAUCAACAUGAUUCUCAAGAGCUACUUGCUUUCUUAUUAGAUGGGCUGCAUGAAGAUUUGAAUAAGGUGAAACGAAAACCUUACAUUGAACUUAAGGAUUCUGACAAUCGUCCGGAUGAUGAAGUUGCGGAAGAGCGUUGGAACUAUCAUAAGGCCCGGAAUGAUUCAGUAAUAGUUAAUGUCUGCCAAGGCCAAUACAAGUCAACUCUGGUUUGUCCAGUUUGUGGAAAAAUAUCAAUCACUUUUGACCCCUUCAUGUACUUGUCUUUACCUUUGCCAUCAACCCUCACGCGGCAAAUGACAGUUACAGUGUUUUAUUGUGAUGGUAGUCGUCUCCCGAUGCCCUACACUGUGACAGUGCCUAAACAUGGAUCAUGCAGAGAUCUUAUUACUGCAUUAGGUACUGCUUGUUGCUUAAACGAUGAUGAGAGUCUUUUACUUGCAGAGGUGUAUGACCACAAGAUCUUUAGAUAUUUUGAAAAUCCCGUGGAGUCACUUAAUUUGAUAAAAGAUGAGGAUCGUAUUGUGGCGUAUCGGUUGAAUAAGAUGCAGAAAGGAACAGGAAAAGCAAAACUUGAAAUCCUUCACGGAGGGCAGGAAAGGUCGGUUCUAGAGAGUGUUAGAGGCAGCAGGGACAUAAAGCGUUUUGGGACUCCUUUUGUCACUUAUGUCAACACAGAACUACUAAGUGGAUCCGACAUUGAUGCAGUGAUCUCUGGAUUUCUGUCCCCGCUACACAAAGUUCAAGCCUCAUCUAAGAUUCAGAACGGAAGAGAGAACGGCCACCUCCCUAACGUUGCUGUUGACGAAACAUCCGGAACUAUAUCAGAUAGAGAUACUGAGAUGGCCGAGGCAUCUGAUAGAGAGUUAACCUUCAGGAUCUUUUUGACCGAUGAGCGUGGUCUGGACUUGAAACCACUUAAGUCUGAUUCUCCUGUGAACCCUGGUAUAGUUACAAGGGUGUUGGUGGAGUGGAAUGAGGGUGAGCAUGAGAAGUAUGAUUCCAGCUACUUAAGUAACCUUCCAGAAGUUUAUAAAACAAGUUUCUCUGCAAAGAAGACAAGGCAAGAAGCGAUAUCUCUGUUCUCUUGUUUGGAGGCAUUUUUAGCAGAAGAACCUCUAGGACCAGAUGAUAUGUGGUUUUGUCCGGGAUGCAAAGAGCACAGACAAGCUAACAAAAAGCUUGACCUGUGGAAGCUGCCUGAUGUUCUCGUGUUCCAUUUAAAGCGGUUCACGUAUAGCAGAUAUCUUAAGAACAAGAUUGAUACGUUUGUGAACUUCCCAAUUAACGAUCUUGACUUGAGCAAGUACGUGAAAAACAAGAAUGGCCAGUCAUACUUAUAUGAGCUGUAUGCAGUCAGCAACCAUUACGGUGGACUUGGUGGUGGCCACUACACUGCCUACGCUAAGUUGAUUGAUGACAACAAAUGGUAUCAUUUCGAUGACAGUCAUGUUUCAUCCGUAAAUGAAUCUGAAAUAAAAAGCUCAGCAGCAUAUGUUUUGUUCUACCGAAGAGUUGGAAGUGGAACAGAGACCCAAUCAGGUGAAAUGUCGACCGAUUUGGAUUAGUCAACUCAUAAUGGGCACAUCAAGAAGUUGCUGCAUUGGUACAAAGAUGCAUUGGUCUAACUCACUCUAUUCUUUUGUCUAUUCAAGCUGGUUGUUUGGUUGAGGUGUUCUAUCUUCAGAUUUUGUGCUCUGUGGAACGGUGGGAUUUAGGUUCGGAAAGAUUGUUUUUGAUUAUUAGGCAAGUUUCUAAGUGAGGGGGUAAUAUUUUUUGGAUAGUGAAUCAAGCGGCGAACAAAUUUAGAGGUGUAGAGAUAUAGUUUGUGAAGAAACCUUUGUCAAUAUUUUUAGUAUGUCCGACUCUGCUAAGAUCUCUUCUUCCGGGGAACUUGGUUAUAAAGACACGUAAAGAUGCUUUUUAACGAUUCCAUUUUUCCCUCUACAAUGCUAAGAAGGAUAUAUUAUUUUGAAGCA